UCAUCGCCAAACGGUGUGCUGGCUGGCUGUUAAUUUUCUAUUUGUUGACGUUUGGACAGAUCAUUUGUAACACUUCAAAAGAAGAAUGUAGAAAAAAUGGGAGCAGAGAGCAGUAUAUUAGAAGGCUGUGAGUGGGAAGAAACGUCAACGGAUGGUCUUUGGUCAUUGACACACGGACAUCUUGCUGACGGGACAGAAAUCAGCCGUUUUGCAGUUGCAAAAAACGACAGAAAUCAUCAAAAUAUUUUAAGAAAUUUGAUUAAGAAUCUCAGAACUAUUCGUCAUCCAUCGGUUUUGUCGUAUGCAUGUUCAGAGGAAGGUAGCAGUGGUCCACAACUAGUAACAGAGAAGGCAUUACCUCUAGAGACAGUUCUACCAUCCUUGUCAUCUACUGAGAUCUGUGCAGGACUACAUACUGUCCUUGAAGUUCUCCAGUUCCUGCAUGAAAAUGUUGGUGCUAGCCAUAACAACAUGCAUAUAGGGGCUGUAUAUGUGACAGCAGAUGGAAGCUGGAGGUUAGGUGGAUUGGAACAUUUGUGCAAAUUCUCAGAGGUAACAGACACCUUCCUAGAAUCCAGCAAAGCUUACAGACAUGAAUCUACUUUCGCACCUGAAGAAAAGGGAGGCAAAAUAUGUACGGACACCUCAUUAGGACAUGCGAGGGACAUCUAUGCUUUCGCUGUCAUGACAGAAUCUCUUCUAGAACACAUGCAGGACUUAGGGGAUCUAACAAAGACAUUUGAGCUUAGAAUACAGGACGAGUGCCUUCAUAGUGACCCUAGGAACAGACCCAAAGCGUGUUCAUUACUAACCGAUAGACUUUUUAACACAGCAUUUUUAGAGAUAGCCCUGUUUUUGAAGAAUAUCACAUUGAAGAGUGAGGAAGAAAGAACCACAUUUUUCAGAAAACUGUUGCCAAUGCUGCGCAGUCUACCAGAAGAGUUGGUGGCUCGUCGGCUGGUGCCAGGACUACUGUCAAGGUUUGUGUUCAUGGACCAGGCUGCUGUUGAAAAUGUACUGCCAAGUCUUCUCACACCACGUAAAGAUGAGAGCCAUCCACGAGAAGAAAUCCAGCCAUUGUUUUCAGAAAAAUUGUUUAAAAUGUAUGUUGUGCCAAAAUUAGUGAAGAUUCUGAGUGUACAUGACUACCAUAUUCAUAUUCUUCUGCUGCAAUAUUUUCCAUACUUCGUGCAUCUGAUUGACAAGGAAGAUCUGGAGUUUGAUGUGUUCCCUCAGGUGCUACUAGGCUUAAGAGAUUGUAGUGAGCAGAUAGCGUCCCUAAGUUUACACGCUCUUGCUGAAAUGGUUCCUGUACUGGGUAGAGAUGUAGUGAUUGGUGGAAAGUCUAAGAAUUAUUUCAAAGAAGGAAGACCCAAGACUCACAAUCAUGAUGUGUCUCCUGCACUGAACAAUAAACAAUCCAAUGUUCAUGGUGUCUUUGGAAAGAUGAAACUUAUAGACCUAGUCAAACAAAGCAGCAAAAGCAUUACUUCUGAGAAAAAAAAUGAUGAUGCUUCUGAUAGAAAGUGGAAAGAAAAGGAACAAAGAAGAGAAGAAAUGAGAAGAAGAAGAGAAGAAAGAAAAUUAAGCAGGGAGAAAGCUAAAAAGAUGCAUAAAGAAGAAGUUGAGGAGACAGUUUCUGAGGUGGCAGCUGAAACAUCAGUUAGCUUACAAUCUGUAAAAACACCAGAUAUUAUACACACAACUGAUGAAAGGAUUGGAAAAUUGUCUGAUAUUAUUAAAGAUUCCACUAACUCAGAUGGUUCAACAACAAAUUGUAAUUUAGAAGAGGAUGCAGUAGUGGAGACAGCUGGUUGGUCGGGUUGGAGUGAGGAGGAGGGCCAUUCUGACUUUAGUGAAGAAAUUGAGAGGGAAUUAGCAAACAUGGAUUCUUCUUUAUCACCGAGUAAAAACGAUCAUCCGAAAAUUUCAACACAUUCCGAGGGUAACACCAUGAACAUAGUGACAGAUCAGCAUUUACAAGCUCUGUCUGUAAAUGGUAACAAGUUUGAUGGUGAUGAACUUGCUAAAGUCACAAAACAUGUCACAUUGAGCUCAAAAGGAAACAAUUAUGCCAAAAGUCAGAAAAAAUUGGGUGCUGAAUUUGAUAUCAUGGAUCUUGACAUAAAAGUUUCUAAGAAAAAUGAGGAUCCUUUAGAUUUUUUUGCAGACAUGGCUCCUAAAAUAGAAACAACAAAGGCAAUUUCAUUGAAUAAUUUGGCUGAUGGUGAUGUUAGAAGCAAUGCACGUUCAACAGAAGUGAAACAGUUAAGUCUAGAAGUGAAAGAAACAGAUACAGUAGAUGUAGAUGAUGGUGGUGGUUGGGCUGAAGAUGACUGGUAAUAACCUCUCCACAUCAGCAACACUUUCAUCCCUUGUACCAGAAUCUCCUAGAUGCUAGUUACCAUCUUGAAGGAUACUUGUAAAGACAUAAAUAACCUCGACAUUUUCAUGCUCAUGUAAAUUUAGAUGACUUGUAGCAACAUGUAUCAUUUGUAGAUUUAAUCUUUAGAUUUUGUCAGAAGAGAUUGAAGCAGACUUUUUAGCUCACCUGAGCAGGAAGUGCUGCUCAUGGUGAGCUUCUAAGAUCGUUGAAUGUUAAUUUAUGCUUCCCCAUUCUUGGAGCAUUUAAAUACUUUCACAGACUUCUUCCUUGGGUCAUUCUCUACCAAAUUCCUUCCUAUAAUUUUUUUCAGUGUUGUGUACAAAAUUCUUUCAGUUUAUUCUGUUUCAUAGGAAAAAAUGGCUGCCAGGAGGCAGGGCUAUGUUUCCUAAUAUGGCUAUAUUGGAAACUCAAAGUCUUCUACAUUGAAACUGCUGGCUCAGUUUUAAAAUAAUUUCACAGCAAUUUUUUUUGGGUGACCCUCAACUAAAUUCCUGCUAAUCAUUCUGUUUAAUUAAAAAAUAUGGCUGUUGGGGGUCAUGGCAUGCUUUCUUCAUAUGGUUUUAUAGUGAAGUUUGUAAAUAUUCUCAUGUGAAACCUGCUAUGCGUGACCUUUACCUUGGACCUAGUGACAUGAUAUACACAUCAUCUUGAUGAGGUUAACAUUUUAUGAAAAUUAUUGUAAAGUAGAUACUUAGCAGACUUGAUGGACAGAUGCACCAACAGAGGGAUAUCCGUAACUCAGAUAUAGACCCCGUACUGUUUGUGUCUGCGGAUGUAAUAUAAUUGCACAGAAAUAUUUUUUGGGCGACCUUCUGUCAAAACUGUUCCAAUUAUAUUAUAUUAUAUUAUACUAUUCUUGUUUUGGAAAUAGUCAUGGCUGAGGGUUAAAAACAAUAAAACCAUCAAACCCCAUCUUCUUCCAUAGCACUGGUCCAAUUGUGAAAUGGUUUCACUGAAAUAUUUUUGAUAAUCUACUGUAACGUUAAACCCUAUCAAAAUAAUUCAAAAGAAAAGUUUUUUUGUAAGAUUCUCUGCCAAUAUUAUUACCUGUUUAGUUGUGCUGGUGUCAAAGAUUUCAAAUGUCUGCAUAGGAUGCAUAUGUGUCUUUUAAUAUAUGUACAUAUAAAAAAAUCAUGUACCUCUUUAUUUUAUCUCCGCAUUUAUCCUAAUGAUUAUUAGGUCUAUGAAGACAAAUUGAAUGUUUAUGAAGGGAAAACUAUUAUACUGCACUAUUUUAUUUAUGCUAUCUCGCAACAGGUUUAUUACAUUGAAGCAGGUCUGUAUAAACAUGUUUAUUAUUUGAUAAUUGAUAUAUAUAUGAACUUUUGUUCAAACAAUGAUCUGUCAGUAAAUGAAUAUAAAUAUCUUGUAAACACGGCAUUCAGGUUCACUGUAUUAAAUAUCAGAUAUGUUUAUUAUAUUUGUGGGGCGUUAUGUUAAAAAAAAUUUAUUGUUAAUCAUUGUUGUAGAUUUUUAUUGCCCUACUGGUUGAAAACUAGUUUUAGGGACAAAAGAUCUGCACCUCAUCUGUCUCAGUCUCCCAUUUCAUUGCAUUUUUGCUGGUGUAACUGUCUGACCUAGGGUCAUGAAACAUUCCAGCCCCCCCCCCCCCCCCGUCUUGCAAAUCUUCACCCAUCCUAGAAAUUUAGCCUUCUUCUCAUAGUAUUUGACAAUGCACGUCUGUUUAUCUGUCUUUGACAACUAUCCACUCCUACCCCCUUGCAUCCACAUUGCUACUUUGAUCUUUGGAGUAGGCACUUUGGUUUGGUCUUGCACACAGAAAUAUUACUUUGUUCAUCUCGAAGUUACUGUCAGGAUCUGUAGCACCUUUACAAAGUUAUUUCCAUACUUAUUCAGAUGGUUCCGCUUGACUGAUUUUAGGGGCUGCAAGAUCUCAAAAAAAAAAAGAAAAAAAAAAAAGAUGUUAUAAUGAAUUAAUUCCUAGAUUAUCAUCCCUGACUGCCUGCCCCCACUUUUUUUUUUUAAAAGAAAAAGGAAAUGUCCCAAAAAUGGUUCCAUAUUUAUGUGAAGGUGUCGCAAAAUAAAGGUCUCGAGUUAAAACUCACGCCACUCUUCAAAAUUGAGAGCAUUGUUGCCACAAACUACUUUCAUUAUGGUUUUAGUAAUUGCUGAGGUUUUUCAAAACUCUCUAACUUUCAUAUAUACAGACAGUAGCAUUAGACUAUUAAGAUGGUUGUUCAGAAUUGCAGUCGCCUUACCAGUAGGAGGGCUUUAUAUUGUAUUUGUUACUUAGGCAAUAAUACAUGUUCCUUAUUGUUCAGACAGCUGGGUAAUUAAAAUAAAGUAUGCAAUAAAGCUUAAAAAGUAAAA